UUAUUGGCAAUUUGCAUUUGUAGCAAAAAUGCCCGGAGGGUCCAGGAGGGACCCUGCUCCCGGGGACUGCCCGUGCUCGGGGAGGGGCAGCCCGGGUAGAGGGUCCCCCGCUGCCUGGCACCCGUAGAGUCCCCCUGUGCUCCUUUCCCUGGCCCCGGAGCCAGCUGCGUCCUGAGCAAACGGGGCUGUUUGCUCACGCCGGGAUUAGCAGCUCUCUUUGUUCCUUUGACUUUCUCUUUCCUUUAUGCCAGACCCUUUUAUGGGGGCUUCAAAGGGGGCUAGGACCCCCCUCCCUGUCCCUGGAAGGCCAGGUUUGCUUCCCAUGCUAGCACUGACAUCCUGGCUGUGCCCACCGAGCACAUCUGGGUGGCCUGUGGGGACAGCAGCUGUGCCACCGAACCACAGUCUUCCCCCCACCCCGGCGUAUUCCUCCUCUUCACCCCCCUUCCCUGACUCCAGGCACCUCCUGCUGUCUUCAGCACCUUGGCAAAGUGGGUGCGAACGGCUGUCCCUGCAGCGGGAUUCCCAGCACUUUGCACCCUGUAAGGAGAGGUGGGAAUCUUGGCACCGAGAUCCGGCCAGCUGUGCAGCCCCGCGGCCCCCGCCUGGCUUCCUGUCCCCUGCCAGAGCCCGGGCUGCCUGGCCGGAGCCCCCGUGUCCCUCUGUGGUCCCUCUGGGGUCCCUGUGCCUCACUUACUGCCCCCAUACUCUCUCCCUCUACAGCACGCAACAUCCGUGGGAGCGGGCUGGGGCCAGAGGUGGGAGCUCUCCCCCACAUCCUCCUCUGCUGCCCUAGCAUGGGCAGCAAAAGCUGGCAUUACCCUUUCCAACAGAGGAAUACCAGGCUGCCCACGGGCACAGGCUCAUGCUGCCUGCCAGCUUCUGGCAUUGUUGUAACGAAUAUUUUGGAGUAAAGGGACUAUUGUGGGCACCUUAGGCUGACCAUGGGGAUCCAUUAGACCUCCAGUUUCCAGUUGCUCUCCAGUUUCCCCUGGUGGGUUUGUUUGCCUAAUCAAGAAGGAAUGCAGGGCACGGCAGCUCUCCAGCCUGGCAUCGCCAAUGACUUUGCACCCCGGGAGGGACAGGGAAUGGACAUGGUGGGGACAUGGCAGGGACUGGCAUGGGUUCGGCGGCAGGCCUGAGGCCAGCACUGGCAGAGGGGCUGAGGGUGCUGACGGGCGUGAUUGCGGCUGUGAUUGCAGCUUGUCACGUCCGCAGAAGGGCCACGGCCGCCGUGUGAGGAAAACCUGGAGGAGUUUGACCCCGGUGCUCACGGGUCCCUUUGCUGCCAGAUGUGCCCAGGCGAGCCGGCGCUGCCAGUCUCGUCCCUGCACCCGCUGGAUCCCCCACCCAGGCACCCUGCAAGGUGCCAGGGCCACCCUCUACCCCUGGACAGGCACAGCUGAGGCACGGACCACUGAGGUGCUGGUUGCUGAGUGCAGAGGCCCAGGGCCAGGUGAGCAGCCACGGAGGGCGCCCAGGGACGCCCUUCCCGUGCCCUGAGCCAAGGGAGGAAGCGGCCGGAGGCAGGAAGCCUUCCCCCGGGCCCGGGGCCCCCACUGCGAUUUUGCUGGAAGGUCAGGGCGACACAACAGGAAAUCGUGCUGCCUCGGCUGAGCGGCCAGGCCGGAGGCGCAGAGCUGCGCCGUGCUGUCCCGGGGCCGCUGCCGGCUCCGGCCUCCGUCCUGGCUGGGCGGCUCGCGGGGAACCCGCGCCACCACUGCCCUCCAUGGAAGGGGGACGGGAGCCAGGGAGCAGCCGCUGGCCCCAGGGUGGAAGAUGCAGGGCCGAAGCCCCCAGCCGAGCAUGGAGCUGAACAGACUGCUCCUCCUCACAUCCUUCCUCCUGCACGUGAAAGAGGACCGUGCCAGCCCAACACGGCUUGUCUGUGACAACAGGCUUAUCCAGAAGUACAUCGUGGAGGCCAAGGACAUGGAAAAGAAAGUGGGCCAGUGCCAGGCCCUGCCUGCACUCAGGUGCCCUGCAGUGCUGCCCUUGGUGGACUUCACUUUCCAGCAGUGGAAAUCCAAAUCGAACGAGACCAAGCGGCGGGAGAUCCUGUGUGACCUGGCCCUGCUGCUGGGUGCUGCAGCAGGGGCCCAGGGCCAGGUGAGCGAUGAGUGCGGGGCCAGGCAGCUGAGCCAGCUUUACCGACACGCCAACUCCUUCUUCCUGCUCCUGCAGACCUUCAGCUGGGAGGCAGGACACUGGGAGCCAGGCUGCUCCCCACACUCCAUGGAGCAGACCCACAUCUCCAGAAUUUUCCUCACCUACCGGCAGCUGGUACAGGGCAAGCUGCGCUUCUUCUUCUACGACCUGGCCAAGGUCUCGUGCAAGCAAGGACAGGGGGAAAGCAGAGACCCUCUAUGUGGGACCCAAUGAGGCUGCACACAGGGUUCAACCACAAAGCAAUGCUUGAGCAUUCCUGCAGGACACUAAGCUGCGCUCUGGAUGCCCAGGAAGAUGCCCACAGGAAAGGGUUGGCACCUGGUCCUUAAGUCUUCACAACCGUGCAGUGCAUGGAGGCAAACAGUGACACUCAUGUGCCAGCAGGCACAGGCCCUGCUCCUAUCUGGGCAGGCCCUCUACUGUGAAUGCUUUUUGAUUAAAGAGCUAUUUUUCUAAAGAGCUGUGUGUGUCCUUGUGCCUGGGCCCAGGGCAGAAGCCAGAUCCUCUGGGACAUGCUCCCAGUUCUGCCCAGUGCCUGCUCCCAGCCAUGGGAGCUGCCAGUGCUGCAGGAUCCCCUGGCACAGCCUGAGCUGCCACUCCUCCUCUCUGUACCCACAUGCUGCAGGUUUGGACUCCCCUCCUUUGGGAAUUGGCAGGGUA